CUCCGAGCCACCACAGCCCGCUGGAGAAGCAGCUGCGCCCGUGAUAGUAGACCAGCCAGCCUCCACGCCCGCACCCACCAUGUUCAUGCCAUCUAUACCCGCCAUCGUUGCCCCGCAGACGUCCUCGCCCCGCCUGUCUUUGGACAGCAUCUCUUCCCGGCCUUCAAUCGACGCAAUCCCCCCAAUCCCACCUACCGAGCCCAGAGAUGCCGACCAAAUCCAAGCAGAGUUGUCUCUCUUGCAAAGUACUUACAACGAGACUGUGCGUGAUAACCGCGAAGAAAUCAAUGCACAUCUCGAACGCAUCGAUGCACUGCAGUCAAAACUAACCUAUCUUUCAGAGCAGCUUGCUGCAUCUGCAAAGUCCGCCUCGUCGGACAAAGACGCGACGCCCACGGAUAAGAAGUUGGCAGAGAAAGAUGCGCAGAUUGCCGCCCUCAUGGAAGAGGGCCAGAAGCUAUCCAAGACGGAGAUGAAGCACAUGACUACCAUCAAGAAAAUGCGCGCCAAGUCUCAAGAGCAGGACAAGGAGAUGACCAUGCUGAAGCAGCGAUUGACAAAGGCCGAGAAGAGCAUCACAGAGCAGUCAGAAAGAGCACGUCGCGCCGAAGCCGCCGAAAAAUCUUCGCAGGAAAAGUUGAAGAUUGUAGGCAAGAUUGAAAAGGACAUUGAGACCAUCAGAGCAGAACGUGAAGAAGCAGGAAUGACAAUAUCUGAACUGCGCAAGCAACUCAAUGACGCCCUGUCGCGCGCAGAGGAUGCUGAGAAGAGAGUACAAUCCGGCGCACUCGAAGCAGAAAAGAGGGCGACCCGAUCGUUGCAGGAGGAUAUCGAAAAUCUGCGUAUAGAGAAGAAGCUGGCAGAAGAUCGUGCCAAGAAGGAACUUCAAGCUGCCAGGGACGAAGCCAAAAGCCAACAGGAAAAGGCACAGGUCGUUGAGCUGGAGCUGCGUGGUGAGAUUGCGGUAAGUCAAGUCGACGGCUGCAUGCAGACGCAUACUAACGCACUAUCCAGAAUCUUGAAUCAAAGCUGGAACUUCUUCGCAGCAGGACCGAAGAGGUUACUUCAUCUGCCACUGGUGACUCUCAGGCCAAGCUUCUCCGACAGAUUGAAACCUUGCAAACACAGUACUCGCUUGCUUCCGAAAACUGGCAAGGCAUUGAGACAACUUUGACCUCUCGUGUUGCCGCGCUCGAAAAAGACCGUGAUGAGACGGCGAAGCGCGAGUCCGAGGUUAGACGAAAAGCGAGAGAAGCCAACUCAAAAGCACGUCGACUGGAAGACGAGCUUGAAAGUCUCAACGAGCGCGCUCGUACUCUUGAACAUGACUUGAACGAGCAACGUACUGUGGUUCAAAAGCUACAAGUCAAGCUUGCCCAAGCAGAAACUGCUGCCCAAGA